AGGAGCACGUGGUAUCCAUGCUAGACUCGCGCGAGUUCUGUUACGGAUCUCAUCGUUGACGCCACGCGCUACGACCGAACUCGAGAAAUGGUGGACGCCGCUCAAGUGCUGGGUUCGCCCAAGAAACAGAAGAAAGACAAAUCAAAGAAGAAGAAAGAUGUCGGCGAGGCUCAGGCCCAUCAAGAUUUCCGCAUUGAGCCUUCCUCGGUGGCUCCGACUCUGGACACAUCGCAGUGGCCGCUGUUGUUGAAGAAUUUCGACAAGCUCAUCAUACGCACAAAUCACUACACUCCCGUACCGCAAGGAGCAUCGCCUCUGAAGCGCUCACUGAAGGACUACCUCAGUUCGGGCUACAUUAACCUCGAUAAACCCUCAAACCCAUCGAGUCAUGAGGUGGUUUCGUGGAUCAAACGUAUUUUGAAGGUGGAGAAAACCGGCCACUCUGGGACACUAGACCCGAAGACUUCGGGUUGCCUCGUUGUUUGCAUCGAUCGUGCCACCCGUCUCGUCAAGAGUCAACAGUCAGCUGGUAAAGAAUACGUCGGCAUUUUCCAGCUCCACGAGAAACCGGAGAGCGUGGCGAAAGUCUACCAAGUCGUCGAGAAGCUCCAGGGGGCUCUUUUCCAGCGUCCCCCGCUCAUCGCCGCCGUGAAGCGACAGCUCCGGGUCCGUACGGUGUACGAACAGAAACUUCUCGAGUACGAUGAAGAGAAAAACUCGGGAAUCGUCUGGAUGUCCUGCGAGGCUGGCACCUACGUCCGAACCUCGUGCGUUCACAUCGGUCUGCUCUGCGGGACCGGAGGAAUCAUGACGGAACUCCGUCGAUGUCGGUCCGGAACGAAUCGCGAAACGGACACGAUGGUCACCAUGCACGAUAUCAAAGACGCCAUGUACGCCUACGAGAACAAUCGCGACGAGAGUUACCUGCGCCGUGUUGUCCGCCCCCUCGAGGGACUCUUGACAGACAAGAAACGUAUUGUCAUGAAGGACUCCUCCGUUAACGCCAUAUGCUACGGCGCCAAGAUCAUGCUGCCGGGCGUACUACGAUACGAUGCCGGCAUCGAUCUCAACGACGAGGUCGUCGUGAUGACAACGAAAGGAGAAGCCAUCUGUCUCGCAAUAGCUCUCAUGACCUCAUCGACAAUCGCUUCAGUGGAUCACGGCUGCGUGGCGAAAAUCAAACGUGUUGUCAUGGAACGAGACGUGUACCCGCGGAGCUGGGGUCUCGGCAAGGCGGCUCUUGCGAAGAAAUUGUUGAUCUCCGAGGGUAAACUCGACAAGUACGGCAAACCGAACGAGAGAACACCCGCCAAUUACGUGGAAGGUGUGGCUCCGGCGGCUGAGGCAAAGAAAGCCAAGAAGAGCAAGAAAGAAGAAAAGAAGCAAGACUCCGACGAUGACGACGACAGCGAAGAGGACGAGCAGCCCGAGGAGCCGAAGAAGAAGAAGAAGCAGAAGUGAACUGUUUCAGUGGAUUAAAUAAAUAUGUGACCC